AGUCAUCUUUUUGUAUAUAUAUAUCAACAUCUCAUUUUGUUGACAUUUUGUUUUUGAUAUGUAUUCCUUGGAAUUUUGUUCACCUAAUUCACCCAUUUGAGGUUAAAGUAUGUUUGCUGCCUCUCUCUGUAAUCUUAGAGGAUUCAUUUAGAUAUUGAUUGCAACAAUGAAAUUCUUGAACUUCUUUUACUAAGAGAUACCUUGUCAUCACUUCAGCUUGUUGUUGAAGUCAUAGAAGAAGUUCAGUAAAAUGAAUAAAAGUUAGGAACAAAUUAUUAAACUGAACUAUUCUGGCUUCUAUAAAGUUGUGCUUUUUAAGUGUGAUUGGGCGGACACCCAAAGAGGAUGCAAGAAAGAUGAAUUUGGUUUUACGUUGGUGAAUUUCAAUCGUUUAUCUCACACUGGUAGUAAUCCUAGUGAUGACCCCUACAUAUUUGCCUCUCAAGCUAGUAAAGUGUUUUACAUUGAGGAUGCAAGAGAAAAAGAUUGGCAAGUAGUCAAGCAUGUGAAGGAUGCCAAAGUGCAAGCAUCUCAAUAUUGUAAGGGUCCAAUCAAACAACCAAAGUAAAGCUGGUUUACCCUCUUCUCCAUCCAUAAACAAUGAGGUUCAGCCAAGCCAACAACCUGCUCCAUCUGGAAAUAAUGUGGGUGAGUCAAACCAUCAACAUGUUGUCCUAGAAGAAACAAAUUCUAGAGCACCAUCUCCACCACCUAGAAAGCCAAGAGGUCCAACAUUGAUGUCCCACAUAUGGGAGUUGGAUAAAGGUGCCAAGGUCAACGUCAUGUUUGAUGCAAACUGCCACCCAAUUGGUAAAGAAGGCUGCACCUUGACUCGAUUCAUUGGUACUAUUGCAAGAAAAUCAGAUGUUGCACCUAUUAACUACAAGGAUUAGAGGGAUAUGCCUCAAAUUUAUAAGGAUGACAUGUGGAAGAUUAUUGAGUUACAUCUUGGCUUUUACCUACAUAAUUGGCAGACAACUGUUUAUAUUUAGUGGAGGUUUAUGAUUCCUCCCCAAGGCGUGAGUAUCAUUUUGAUGCUAAGAAGCUUUCCAUAAGGUGACUACCUUUUUGUUCGAAGAAUUUUAUGAAGAUUUUGCUUUUGUAAAGGUAUUUGUGUAUUAAUUAUAAUUUUAGUUU